CGCAAGCAAGCCGGCAAAAACAACAAGAAAAACAGACGACACAGAGCAACAAUAACAACAAUUUUAGGCACGAGCAAAGAAAGGAGUGCAAGAAUCUAAAAGUAAAUGCAACAAAUAUUUUCGGUCACUGCCAGACCCCAGGCGAAGUGAAGGUGUCAGAUGGUGGUCGGAGCAGAGGAGGAGGCGGUGGAGCAGAGCAGGAAACUUAUUUCGAUAUCGAGCCAAUUGAGAGAGACAGAGAUUGAACAUUUAAAUUAAAAUCGCAUUUUCAAUCAAGAUGACAAGUCGUCCGCUACGCACGGUAAUUAUAUUCAAAUCGGAAUCGGAGAGUACCGAAAUCUAUGCUGAAACGCUCAACGCGCACAAUUUCCAACCGAUCUUUAUACCCACUCUCAGUUUUGGUUUCAAGAAUUUGGAUGAGCUGCAACGAAAGUUGCAGAAUCCGGACAAAUAUGCCGGAAUCAUAUUUACGAGUCCGCGCUGCGUGGAGGCCGUAUCGGAGGCAUUACAAUUAAGUGAAUUGCCUGGCGGAUGGAAGCUAUUGCAUAACUAUUCUGUUGGCGAGGUUACCCAUAAUCUGGCAUUGAGCACAUUACAACAGCUGUUCACCCAUGGCAAACAAACGGGCAAUGCCCGGAAUCUGGGUGACUACAUUGUGGACACAUUCGAUGGUUCAAGAAAUUUGCCGAUGCUCUUGCCGUGCGGGAACUUGGCCACGGACACUUUGCUCUCGAAGCUGGCGGAGAAUGGCUUCAGCGUCGAUGCCUGUGAGGUGUAUGAAACGAAAUGUAAUCCCCAGUUGGGUGAACUUCUGGAACGGGCCCUAGUCCAGGCAUCCGAUAAUAUUGAAUAUUUGGCAUUCUUCUCUCCAUCGGGUGUCAACUGUGUCUAUGAGUAUUUCAAUACACGUCAGAUACCGCUGGAUAAAUGGAAACUAGUGGCCAUUGGCCCAAGUACUAGGCGAGCCAUGGAGGCGAUGGGUAUGAAAGUGUUUUGCACUGCCGAACGUCCCACUGUCGAGCAUUUGGUUAAGGUGCUGCUCAAUCCUCAAGAGAGUCGAGAGCGUCUGGUACGUACGGCAGCAGCGACUGCAGAUGCCAAUUAGUCUGUCAAUUUGUAAAACAUUUAGAUUUCAUAUUUUCUCUAUAAAUUAGUACAAAAUCAUUUGAACACUUAAGUUAGCUACCAAAAACAAACAAAAUUUAUCAAAUUGUUGUGACAUCAAAUGUCUAUGUAUCUUUUCUAUUUAUAAAAUAAAUAGUCUAUGGCUUAUUUGUGUAUAACUCUAAAAUUAUAUAGUACUUAUAAAAUUCAACAAAAGCAAAUAUUUAUUACAAUGCAAUUUGCACUCUUAUAAAUUACUAUAUGGGGCAACCUGAUGUUAAUCGUUAAAACUACAAAAAACCUGCACCAGAAGCCUGCGUAUAAUAAGUGCAUUAAUAAAAUUUGGUGAUAGAAAGUGAAAAA